AUGAUACCUUGGAAGCAUCCAACUCAACACUUGUUUCUGGACCGCCCCAAAACCACCGUGCUUCAUCUCCGCACCUACACCAGUCUACAAUCGAUCGCUUUUUUCUCAACUAGACGAAGUUCCGCUCAUUGCACGCAACAAACACCUCAAGCCUCAUGCUCUGACAACGCAGCUCAAUUGACUUACCGUAUACCCGCUUUAUCCAACCGCCACAAUGACAACGCUACCGCUGAGUAUUUAAGCUGCUAUUAUCGAAACGUUAGAGGUUUGCGUACUAAAACAAAAGAAUUUCACUUAGCUGUAUCGGAGGCUGACUUCGAUCUCAUCGCCCUCACGGAAACUUGGCUUGUUGACAACAUUCCAUCUGCUCUUCUCUUCAACAACAACUUCUCUGUUUACCGCUGUGAUCGCUCUCUCAGCGGCUCUAGCUCUCGCGGUGGUGGUGUUUUGCUAGCCGUUUCUAACGCAUACGAGUCGAUAGAAUUACCUUCCCGUGAUCGUUCUCUCGAGUAUAUUUGUGUGCGCGUCGCCUGCAAUAACGCACAUCUGUACGUCAUGGUAGUAUACAUUCCACCGCAGCUUAGCUCCGAGAUAUCGACUCUUCGCUCUCUACAUGAUUGUAUCAGCAGCUUCACUCUCACACUGAAGCCUUCGGAUCUGCUGUUUGUUAUUGGCGAUUUCAAUCAGCCUAGCAUAAGCUGGUCCACAGCUGAUCCUUCGUCCUCGCCAGCAUACUCAUCAAUCACGCACUAUGAACCAAUUGCACGCUCACUGGCCAACAACACCUUUGUGGAUGGAUUUAAAUUUAACGGAUUAGUGCAACUUAAUCACAUCAAUAAUUCGCACGGACGCAUGCUUGACCUGCUCUACGCUAACAAUGCUGCAGCUAAAUUGUGUUCGCCUGUCUUUCCAAGUGUUGUUCCGCUUGUACCUGUUGACUCCUACCAUCCGGCGUUUGACUUCAAUAUACGUAUUAACUCGUCGACCCGACGCAAUUCGACGACUCGACAAAACUCGACGACAACCGCAUUUUAUCGUUAUAACUUUGCUAAAGCUGACUAUGUGAAACUGAACGACAUGAUAUCAAUGUUUAACAAUAGCUUUCAUUGUUCCAAUUUUAUUUCACUUGACGAAGCAGUAUGUUCAUUCUCGUCCUUCAUGCUGCAAGCCUUUGUUGUAUGCGUCCCAGUUCAGCGUCCUAAACCUAACCCUCCCCUGGGCGGACCGCACACUCAAACGACUCAAACGUGUAAAAAGAGCUGCUUAUCGUCACUACCAAACGCGCCGCUGCCAAAGAUCUCGCUCGAUCUACUUUGA